UUUGGCUAAAACACGUUUGCAAACAAGCAGGAUUAAUUUACGGUUUAUCAACUGAAAUCUGCGAACACAUUAUUCUUAAAAUGGAGUUUAUUAAACAGGAGAGUGAAGACACGAGGGAUUCAGAACCAUGUAGAGUAAAAAAUGAAGAUACAGAGGAGCAAAUAGACCUGAUGGAAGUGAAAGAGGAAAGUCAAGAACUGACAUUGGGGGAGAAACAUCAGUAUGAGGAACCUCAUUUCAAAACUGAAGAAAAACCUUUUAGUUGCUCAGAGACUGAAAGUUUCUCACAAAAAAGACGGCGAAGAACUGGAGCCCAGGUUUUUUUCACCUGCCUUCAAUGUAAAGAAAAUUUCACAUCUAAAGAACAACUUAUGUGUCACUUUAGAGUUCACUCUGGAGAGAAGCCUUUCCCAUGCGAUCAGUGUGGAAAGAGCUUCAUUCAUAAAGCAAGCCUUAAGAAUCACAUGAGAAUUCACUCUGGAAAGAGGCCCUACAAAUGUGAUCAGUGUGGAAAGAGUUAUAUACAUAGAGAUAACCUUAAUGAUCACAUGAGAAUUCACACUGGAGAGAAGCCUUUCACAUGCCAUCAGUGUGGAAAGAGUUUCACAAUGAGAGGAAGCCUUCAGAAGCACAUGCGGAUUCACACUGGAGAGAAGCCUUUCACAUGCCUUCAAUGUGGAAAGAAUUUUACACAUAAAGGAAACCUUGAGGUUCACAAAAGAAUUCACUCUGGAGAGAAGCCUUUCACAUGCUCUCAGUGUGGGAAGUAUUUUACACAUAAAGGAAACCUAGCUGUUCACACACGAAUUCACACUGGAGAUAAGCCUUACACAUGCCCUCAGUGUGGGAAGAGUUUCACAUAUCAAGCACACCUAGUAGGUCAUAUAGAGACGCAUUCAUGUGAGAAAUUACACCGCUGUUCUCAGUGUGGCACAAGUUUCACUGAGGCAAGUCAUCUCCAAAAACACCUCAAAACUCAUGCAACUGAGAGGCCUCACAUGUGUUCUUAUUGUGGCAAAAGUUUUUUAUGGAUCCGCAAUUUAAAAGAGCACCUGAAAAUACAUACCAAUAAGAAACUUCAUGUGUGCUUUGAGUGUGGGAAAGCCUUUGCUAGAGUCGCAUGCUUGAAAAAGCAUGAAAGAAUACAUAUAGGAAAAAACAUUGUAAGUGCUCAACUCAUGGAAUGAGUUUUACAGUUUAACAAUCCUUCAAAGAACAUGCAAGCAUGCAUAAUGGAGAGAUGCCACACAUCUGCCCUUCAUGUGGAAAGAGUUUCAGCCAAUUAACUCCUCUGUCUCAAAAAAGUAUAGUACAAAGUUUUUACUGUGAGCAUGAAAUGCCACAAUUUGUGCAGGGAUGUUUUUAAUAUUUAGGAGUAGCAGUUUUAAUCAUUUUUGUGAUAGCGUUUGUCAAAUAGUGCCAGCAUCGUUUUUUUUAUUUCCUGUCCUAGUCUGAUUAUUGUGCACUUCAAAUUCCAGUCACAUUUAACUGUCCAAAUAAUGGAAUUUUAAGUGAAUAUACUGUAUAAAUGCCAUGAACGGUUGUUUAAUUUUCCAGUGUUAUUGUAUUAUGUGAGCAGUCCAAAUAAACUCCAAACAACACUAUUUUGGCUGAGAGUGUUACAAAUGUAGACUGAUUUGCUGAGGUCUCGCUCUCUUCAGUCGGUAGUGUGACACACUUGCCAAAUAAAAAUGGUGGAGGGCUGACAAACAUACCAGCUCACUGCAGCUCUCCCUCUCUUAUCCCCUGUCUCAUGGAGCUUGCUGAAAUGGCAGCAGGAGUACCACGUGAGCAUAAACAAUUGUAAUAGAGUGAUUUAGGAUUUGAUUCAUGGGGUAACUUUAACUUGUGUGACUGUGUAAUUUAUCCCCUCUAGACUUGCCUGAUGU